AGAUGAGAUGAGAUGUGGGAUUACCGCGCUGUGUUCUCAGCCAUGUCUGAACUUUGGUUCUGGCUUCUCUUCCGAGAUGACGCCGCUGAUUUCGGCCGGACGGACUCGGGAGCCGCGCUGGCUUGAAUGAGAUCUCCCCCCCCCCCUCUCCUCUUCCUCCUCCGCCUCCUCCUCCUCCCGGAUCAGACGCCACUCUUAACGUGCGCCUGCUGUAUGGAGCCUAACGCGGAGGAGACUUGACUUGUUUUUUUUUUUUAUUUAUUUAUUUUAUUUUCCUUUUUUUUCACCCCCAUUUUUGAUUUCAUCCGCUUUUGCAUCGAGUGAAGGACGGGUGAAAUCAUAGGAGAACGAGAAAAGACAAAUAAAUGUUUUCCACUGAGCUUGGAGAGAGGGGACCGUGAUUUUCGGGAUGCCUUGGCGUUCGGAGGCAUCAGCACGAUGACACCUCACACUGGCACCACACUCGAGUGAGCCGGGACAUCCUCUCCCAGGACAAAAUGCAUAUCUGGAUCCUAAAAAUAAUCCUUCUGAUUGCAUCAUCUCCGAGAUUGGUCGAGAUGUAUGACAAUUAUGGGGAGAUCUGCCGGAGCUUGUGCACGUGCGACGAGAAGGAGGGGAUCCUGACGGUGAGCUGCGAGGACCGGGGGAUUGUCAGACUGACAGAGAUCAGCCCGGUUCAGUUCCCGAUGUACCACCUCCUGCUGACAGGGAACCUUCUGAAGAAGCUGUCAGUCAACGAUUUCAUCAAUUACACCGGGGUGACCAUCCUGCACUUGGGGAACAAUGAUAUCUCCGAGAUUGAGUCAGGUGCCUUUAACGGACUCCAGGGAUUAAAAAGGUUGCACCUGAAUAAUAACAAGAUUGACCUUCUGAGGGACGACACUUUUACAGGGCUGGAAUCUUUGGAAUACCUACAAAUUGAUUAUAAUUACAUCACAACUAUAGAGCCCAAUGCCUUGAGCAGACUACACCAACUAACAGUGAUGAUUUUGAAUGAUAACUUGCUCUCUGCCCUUCCCCCGAAUAUAUUCCGGAAUGUCCCCCUUACGCACUUGGACCUUAGGGGGAACCGGUUAAAAAUGUUCCCCUACAUUGGCCUCCUGGAGCACAUGGACAAAGUUGUGGAAUUACAACUGGAGGAAAAUCCGUGGAACUGCUCCUGUGAGCUCAUUGCUCUCAAGGCUUGGCUGGAAAGCAUAGCCUACACGGCUCUGGUUGGGGAGGUAGUGUGCGAGACGCCUUUCAGGCUGCAUGGCAGAGACCUGGAUGAGGUGUCCAAGCAGGAGCUGUGCCCGCGGAGACCCAUAGAGGACACAGUCAGGCCUGCACCACCCAGCAGCACCAAUGGAUAUUAUCAGACCACACCUGCUGCUGUCACAGCCUCUCCCACCUCUUCACCUAUUCUUAGGUACUCCAGCAGACCUACCAAGGGCCCAAGAAUUAGGGUAAAGCCCACCUCUCGGUUACCGGGCGGUAACCCGUAUAACUAUGGCCCCAUCAUUGCUUUUCAGACCAAAUCUCCUGUGCCUUUGGACUGCCCCACUGCCUGCACAUGUAAUCUGCAGAUUUCUGAAAUUGGGUUAAAUGUCAACUGCCAAGAGAGAAAGAUUGUAAGCAUUUCUGAUCUUAAACCCAAGCCAUACAACCCUAAAAAAAUGUAUCUCACUGGAAAUUACAUCGCUGUGGUGCGAAGAUCUGAUUUUGUCGAUGCCACUGGAUUGGAUUUGCUUCACCUGGGAAACAACAAGAUAAGUGUGAUCCAUGACAGGGCUUUUGGGGAUUUAACAAACCUGCGUCGGCUGUAUUUAAAUGGUAAUCUCAUGGACAGGCUUACAGGAGAGAUGUUUUUUGGCUUGCAGAACUUGCAGUUCCUUUAUUUAGAGUAUAACGAAAUCAAGGAGGUGGAGGCUGGCACUUUUCGCUACCUGCCUAAUCUCCAGCUGCUUUUUCUCAACAACAACCACCUUAAAACUUUACCCAUGGGCAUCUUUUCCAGCCUUUCCCUGUCUCGUCUUAAUCUGCGUAGCAACAAAUUCCAAAACCUCCCUGUAAGCGGUGUUUUAGAUCAGCUCAAGUUGCUUGUGCAGAUUGAUCUGUUUGAUAACCUCUGGGACUGUUCUUGCGACAUAGUGGGGAUGAAGAUAUGGCUUGAGCAGCUCAGUGCAGGCACGGUGGUUAAUGAGGUCCUGUGCAAGACGCCCAAACGCCACACUGGGAUCGAUCUGCGUUCAAUCCAGUCUGAGCAGCUGUGCCCGGACUACACCGUCGCUUACAUCUCACCAACUCCCCCCACCGAGGAGCCCAUGGACGACCAUGUUGUCACAACUGAUGCCCCCCAGAAGUUCAACACCCCCAGGAGCACUGUUCCCCUCUCCGUCCUCAUCCUCAGCCUCUUGCUCGUUUUCAUCAUGUCUGUCUUUGUGGCGGCGGGACUCUUCGUUGUGGUGAUGAAAAGGCGCAAAAAGUCUCAAAGCGACCGCACUAGCACCAACAACUCUGACGUGAGCUCUUUUAACCUGCAAUACAGCCUCUACAGCAAUCGCUCUGGCCCUAAAGUCAAAGCCCCUGCCGGUCACGUUUACGAGUAUAUUCCCCACCCUAUGGGCCACAUGUGCAAGAAUCCCAUUUACAGGUCGCGGGAAGGAAAUACGGUGGAGGAUUACCGAGACCUGCACGAGCUCAAGGUGACAUACAGGAGUACCCAGGAUGAGGAAAGGGAUAGUAGCACAUUGAGGAGUCCUGCAUACAGCGUCAGCACCAUCGAGCCUCGCGACAACCCCUCCCCCGUCCAGGAUGCAGACCACUUUUUCCGGGGCAUUCUGGAACCCGAUAAGCAAUCCCCGCACCAGUCCAUCCCAUCCAUCCCAGCAGCCAAUUUAGAGUACAAGUACACUGGGCCUGUGUCGUACACGUACAACCCGAAUUUCGAUGUCAGACGGCAGUUCUUGCACCCGGACAGGAUAAGAGAAACAGUGCUCUACGGCACAGCACCCAGUACUGUUUAUGUGGAGCCCAACAGGAACGAAUAUUUGGAGCUAAAAGCUAAACUGCAGUCUGAGCCGGAUUACCUCGAGGUCCUGGAGAAACAGACCACCUUUAGUCAGUUCUGAGCAACACAGUUGCUAAUGCUAAUGAGACACACUCUCUGUUGCUCCUUCCUGAAACAGUGGCUCAGUUUCAUAUAGGGUGCCUUGGCACAGAAACACAGAAGGGAGCGAGGUAGGACGGGGUGUGCCGAACAAUCAAUUCUUUCUGAAACACGACAGCACGAAAAACAGAUACAGCUUUCUGACACGUAGACGAACAAACUCCACUGAUGAUGCAAAUUUUAUUUUUUUAUGGUGAAGAUGGAAUAACACAAAAUGUAACUACUGGUAAAUCCUAUCCAACUUCAUUUUCAGGAAUAUAACCAUACAUAAAAAAAAGGUAUAUUGUGAAUCAGAAGAGAAAACAUGUUUAUAAAAUCCCUCCUGGACACAAAAAAGAGAAAAGAAACACUUGUACAGCAGAUGAUAAGAACUGUGUAGGACUAUUUUCUGCUGUAGUCUGUAAGUAAGUAUUUAUUGAUAUAAUCUGCCAUGUCUUUUAAAAAAAAAAAAAAUCUUUGAUUCUACAUCAGAUAUUACCUGUGUCAUCAUAUUCCAUGAUCCUCCGGAAAAAAAAGGCUUAUGUUUGUAGUUUCAUUUACUGUAGCUCUGCAUUGUAACAGUGGCUUUUUUUUUAUUUUUGAAAGUGGCACACCCCCCAGUUGUUCAAAAACAGACUGCGUCAUUUGAAGAUUUCAGAAAAACGAGAAAAAAAAUGUGUCUUUGUAUGCUUUCUGCACUUUUUGAAAUUGGAAGGCGGGUUUGCCUUCGUUGAGCUCUCAUAAAGAAGAUUAUUAUAUUAAAAAUGAAUAUGAGUAUUCAUUCUUAAUAUUUAGAAAUGAUAUGUUAUCAAACCUAAAUUCAUAAAUGAUAUUUGAAUUAUUCAUUAUGUUGUGAAAUAAUGAUAUUUUAAUCAAUGUAACACCUAUUUUUAUACAAGCAUUGGCAGAUUCUCUAUCCCUUACUAGUUUCUUUGUUUUGAUUGCUUUGCACUUAUUGCACUAUAUUGACCAAACUAUGUUAUUGUCAUCAAAUAAAAAAAAAAGGAUGUCAGGUUCACAUGUUGUGCUUUUGAGGAAAAAGUAAAGUGUUUGGUUGAUACGAAGAAGACCAUCUGAGUUGGGUUCAGUGUAACCUUUAAUGUGGUAAACCAGGCGACAUUAUAUCUUGGCUAAGAAGAGGCGACUGAUGAUACAGUGUGUGCUUUAGACGAAGGGGCAGCCAGUGCCUCAGACAGGACUAGAAUCGAUGGGGAUUCAAUCAAUGAGCAUUAAACCUUCGCAAUUAUACCAUGACAACUGCAUUUACAUUACUGCCUGCCAGCCGACAAGGAGGUCAUUUAUAUAAACAUGAAUGGAGCCGGCUUGGAGCUCCUGCAAAGCCAGUGGGUAUCAACUUUGACAGCGUUCAGGCUAAGGUACUUGGAUUUGUUGCUCAGUUAGCCCUCUUGGUCGAUUUCUGCACAUGUGCUUACUUUAGGUAGUUUUAAAGAAUUGCUAAGAUAGUCAUAAGAAAGCUCAAAUUUUAAAUAUAAUUAACUGAACUGUAGAUAUUUUAGUACGAUGUUUAUCUUAAACCCUUUUUCAGAUGAUUGUGGUUCUGAUCCCUGUUUGGGCCGGUUGAGUCUGGUCGGAUAUGACACAUUAUGACCACUGAUCAAAUCAAACACGACAGGUGACAUUCUGUUGGCGGAGGCUGACUUAUCAGAGUCAUACGUUCACAUUUCAUCCCUAGAAACAAACCCUUGAGUAGAGCUACAUAUUAUAUUGAAUGACAAUCAUCACGAAAGUGUCAGAGUAUGCAAUAUUUUAAUAAUAA